UCGGGUUUGUGCUGAAGACUGUCGUUCAACGGGAGAGACGUUUUUUCAUGCUAUCAUCCAGUUACCUAACCGCUUUGCCAAAAAUAUUUAUCGGAAAAGCGAACGUUUUCUUCCGCGUGAUUAGUUGGCCCCUCUGGACCGCAUUCCUGGAUGACAUCCUAUCCAUCCACCAAUCUUUCCCAGUUUCCUUAUUCUUUCUAUAUUAAGGAUGCUUUCAACACACACCAUCUAUCCCAUCGGUUAAUGAUUGACAGUGUCGGUGUAGACGUGGUUUCUGGGCUGAACGGAGCAAUAAAAACACACGCAGGGGGCGAGGCAGUGGGGAAUAAAACGUGAACAGAGGUGUGAGUUUGGAUUCACAGCCAGUAUUGGUGACGUGAUUUUAGUGGUAACUGGGAAUGUCACCAGUAACAGAUCCUGCUUUGCUCUGGUUCAAGCGUACUUUUCCGUGUCCGGAUUGACUUCUGACUGUCAAUAAGAUAAGUCUGACUCCUGACAGGAUGCCAAGAUCCUGGGAAUAGUGGGAUGAUUUAAAAAGCUCCUUCGACUGGAUGAAUGAAGGACUGAGCGGACGGGCGGCGUUAAGAUUACCGCAUGGAAACUUUCGGGUUCAUUUUACGGGAUGCUGUGUUCAAUGACCCUUCUUCGCUUGUCACAGUGAAUCUCAUGGAGUGAGAUUUGAAAGUAAUCACAGUUUUUAAUUGAAACUUGUCGACUGGAUUCAUAGUACUUUGGCAGCUUAAACAUGACACUUUAUGUAGAAGGUCUGAGUGAAAGAGUGCCCCACAAAGGCAUGGCUCAGUUUCAGGAAAUGAUGCGGCAGCAGCUGGAGAGCUCCAUGGACGCAGAGCUGGAGAAGCUGGUGGACACGGUCACGGGGGCCGACAGAGACGUCUGCAUGAAGGACUUUAAGGGCUUCAAGAACCUCUUCCACAGAUUCCUGCAGGUAAAGGGCCCGUCUGUGGAAUGGAUCAAGAUAAAACGGCCUCCAGAAGACUCGAUCCAGCCAUACGAUAAGAUCGCAGCCCGGGGUCUGCCGGACAGCGUGGCCGCCAGCCUCAACAAGCUGGUGGUGGUGAAGCUGAACGGAGGUCUGGGUACCAGCAUGGGGUGCAAGGGCCCCAAGAGCCUGAUCAGCGUCCGCAACGAGAACACCUUCCUGGACCUGACCGUGCAGCAAAUCGAGCACCUGAACAAGACGUACAACACUGAUGUUCCACUGGUCCUCAUGAACUCCUUCAACACAGAUGAAGAUACUAAGAAAAUUCUGCAGAAGUACACACACCACCGGGUCAAGAUCCACACCUUCAAUCAGAGCAGGUACCCCCGCAUACACAAAGAGUCUCUCCUCCCCGUGGCUGCAAACCUGAGCAUGACGGGCCAAAACGCCGACGGCUGGUAUCCUCCCGGUCACGGCGACAUCUACGCCAGCUUCUACAACUCCGGCCUGCUGGACAAGCUCAUCGCGCAGGGAAAGGAGUACAUCUUUGUGUCCAACAUCGACAACCUGGGAGCCACUGUUGACCUGCACAUCCUGCACCACCUGGUCAGCCAGCCCAACGGCAAGCGCUGCGAGUUUGUCAUGGAGGUUACGGAUAAGACGCGUGCUGACGUCAAGGGAGGCACCCUAAUCCAGUAUGAAGGAAAGCUCCGCCUCCUCGAGAUCGCCCAGGUGCCCAAAGCUCAUGUGGACGAAUUCAAGUCGGUUUCAAAGUUCAAGAUCUUCAAUACCAACAACCUCUGGAUCUCUCUGCCUGCCAUCAAGAGGCUGCAGGAGCAGAACGCCAUGGACAUGGAGAUCAUUGUCAACCCCAAGACGCUCGACGGAGGGCUGAACGUCGUCCAGCUGGAGACGGCGGUUGGCGCGGCGAUCAAAUGCUUCGACAACGCGAUGGGAAUAAACGUCCCCCGCAGCCGCUUCCUCCCUGUCAAAACCACGUCGGACCUGCUGCUGGUCAUGUCCAACCUGUACAGCCUGGAGGCCGGCUCCCUCACCAUGAGCCCCAAGAGAGAGUUCCCCACCACGCCGCACGUCAAGCUGGGCAGCUCCUUCACCAAGGUUCAGGAGUACCUGACCCGCUUUGAGAGCAUCCCCGACAUGCUGGAGCUGGACCACCUGACCGUCUCUGGAGACGUCACGUUUGGGAAAAACGUGUCGCUGAAGGGCACCGUCAUCAUCAUUGCCAACCACGGCGAUCGGAUCGAUAUUCCGGCCGGCUCCAUGCUGGAAAACAAAAUAGUGUCCGGCAACCUCAGAAUCCUGGAUCACUGAGGCCUUUUCCCAGCCGUGUCGCCGCCCCCUUCACUGUGCAGCCCUGAUCAUGUGACGUGUCCUCAACCCGCUUGACCUGUUUAGCCACUAAGAAACACAGAGGAUUUCUCUUCUCUGGAGGUUGAAACUGGGCUCUUCUGCCCUCUGCUGGCUGAAUAAUAUAUAACCAUUAGGAAGUGUUAAUAAAUUAGUCCUAACUGCGACCUUAAUAAGCCUGAUUUAUAGAUUAACAAAAACACCUAACUAAUGCAACUUAAAAAAAAAAUGGAUUACAUUUUUUAAUCUGUAGCUACGAGAUUCAAUGAUGGCACUAAAAAUAUUAAAUAUUAAGUGAUAUUGGCUCUUAGCAGUGGCGAUGCAGAACUAAUGCAGAAGUCAGGACAGCUUAAAUAUGGAGACGUUUUAAAAAUUAAUCACAAGAAACGCAACGCAUCCACGGCUCAAUGAAACUCGUUUUGUGGGAUUCAAGAACACGCACUUAAAUGCAACAUGCCAAAACUUUCAUAAUUCAAGUUCAGUCACAUCUCAGAGUUUACAUGUUUUACCUGGGAUGAUAGAAUUUUAUGUAAUCUUGUUGAAAAUGUAACACUCGCGUGCUGAAAAAUAACCUAAACCCAGAUUGAGUUUGGUAAAAAUUUUGAAAAUAAGUGAAUUUUUACUGUUUACGAAAAAUCCACCGUUUUGAAAUCAGAUCGAUCUUUAUGGACCAGAGGUUUUGAAGGAAUUCAGGAAUGUUUACUUCACCCGUUGCAGAAACGUUAAAAAGUUUCAGACACAGUGUCAAAAGAAGCUAAAAGAAUGUGUAAAGCCGAGUUGAAGAGCAAGUCGUGAUUCUUCACUGUAUUCAUUUCACCCAUGCAGGUUCUCAUUCAGCUUCAUUGAAAUGCAAAAUCUAUAAUCAGAGCAGCUUUCAAUCUAACAAAGGUACAUUUUUGAGAGUGUGGAGCCACCAAAUAACCCUGAGGUGAUAAAGUUGUGCUGGCCGAUAAGUUGAUUGUCUCUGAAAACCAUGAAAACUGUGAGAGACCUUUCUCCUUAAGGUCAAUCCAUUGCAGACGUUCAGUUUCCAACAGAACUGUCUCGAAUUGAAGCUUAUGCCAUGUUUUCAUGUUCUUACAGCAGAAAACCUGACAGGACCAACAUUCAGGCAUGUUGUAGCUUUAUGUGUUUGUAGAAACGUGUGUCAGUUUCAGUGGAAAGCCAUUACUUUACCCCUAUGAGAUUAAACAAAAGGCAUUCUUUGUGUUUGAUUGUAGCAUGUCAUGUCGUCUGAAGCCUCUUCGUCCAUCCAACUCAUCCAGUGCUGUUUCUGUAUGUGCAGUAUUUCCUGUUGCUUUGGUUUACACACAAAAUAGUUUUUUUUAUUCAUUUUCAAACCAUGUACACCAAGUUCUUUCACUUUUUUUGCGUGGUAAUACUUGACACGGGUUUGGCUGGUGCAUACAAGGAGCAAUAAGUGUUGAUCUGUGACAGCAACAACGUUCCCAGCCCAGUUCUGCCUCCUCAGAGCUGAAUAAAGUGCAAUAUGAAGUACCGAA